AUGGCUUCAGGGAAAGAUGCAAAACCUGUUUCACCAAAACCCAUGUGUCCUGAUGAGAAUUUGGACGAGCCUAAUGUUACUGACAUCCAUUUGCCACGGUUUUCACUGAAGCAAGGGAUGAUUCCAAGUUACUAUGUUAUGCCUUGGAAACAAAACAUGGAAUUCAGGAGUUUGAAUAUGAAGCGUGCUCAAGCAUGCGGCAUCUAUGCUGGCACUUCAGAAGAGCCUCUGUUUGUGAAUCACAGCGAAAGGCUUUGCCAUGGCGAAGACCGAAAAGCUGUCUUCAAGAAAGGCCCACCAGAAGUGAAAAUCACAGACAUGCCUUUGUACUCCCCCCUCUCCAAAUACCAAAGCACUGUGAUUUCCCACGGCUAUCGGAGACGACUGAUCUGA